AUGCAACCAAGAAUCUUUUUUUCUACCCUGUCGGCUCUACAGCUGCUUGCUGCCGUUGGAGCCUGUCCUUUCCACGGCCAUGCACAACAUACCUCUCUGAACAACCACAGACGAUCGCUUCCUGCCGAGUCUGCAAAGACUUCAACUGAUAACAUCCGCGUCUUCGACGGGUGCCGUUUCAGCUUGGCAAAAACGAUUUGUUUUGAUGCUGGCUAUAUCGUCGAUACAAAUGGAUGUGAUGAGGCAGAGGUGAAGAUCAACGGAAGUGGAAAGUUUCUCAUUCCCGGAUUAAUCGACAGUCAUCUUCACUUGCAAGAUGUAGCAUCGCUUGAGAAAUUUACGUCUUAUGGCUGUACUACCGCUAUGCAUAUGAAUUGCGAGGACUACACCCAGUGCGACAUCAAUGCAAAGCAGCCCGGCCUAGCCUCUUUCAUUUAUGCAGGCAGGUCGGCAGGGGGAAACGGCAGCGCGCACGAGAAGACAGAGCCGACACGUCCCAAAGAUACACUCAUCUAUCCCGACACCAACGUUACACAGUGGACCGAAUGGCAAUUCAACAACGUCAGCAACUUCCUCAAGUUGACCGCCGAAGUCAACGGUCCCUCGACGCAACAGCAAAUCGAGAUGAUCCGCGUAGCUCACUACCAAUACCACAAGCAAGCCAUGACCCACGCCGCGGACCUCAAUGCAUACUCGCAGGCAGUGGAAUCCGUCACGGAUGGCAUCCAGCAUGUACCUGAUGACGGACUUCUUGAUAACGCCACGAUCCAGCAGAUCAAAGCCCAGAAUCAAUUCGUCACGCCGACACUAAAUGUGUUCAAGUACGCCUUUAGCGAUCCCAUUCUGGCGUCGGAUUACUUCGGUGUUCAACCGGGCAGCAACCAUACUAUGAGUCACGUUGAAGCAAACGCCAAAGCCCUGUAUAGAGCUGGUGUGCCUCUCAUCGCAGGGACAGACUCCGUUGGCCCCUUGAAUCUGAACGGAACAAUUGUCACUGUCCCGUGGGGCUUGUCGCUGCAUCAUGAAUUGGAAAAUCUGGUUCAGAUAGUUGGCAUGUCGCCUGCCGAGGCAAUCAACGCUGCCACAAGGGAAGCUGCAAAGUGGCAUCGUGUCCUUGAUAGAGGGUCUAUCGAAACUGGCAAGAGGGCCGACUUACUUAUGCUCAAUUCCGAUCCUCUUGCGAACAUUAGUAACACCCAGGACUUCGAGGAGAUCUGGGUGUUUGGCAUUGAGGUUGCAGAGGUGGCUAAGAUAGUGUAAUGCGGCCGCCCAUUCAGACUGGUCCAUGGAGAAUCUGAGUAGAUCCGCGUUCCAAUCUCGCAG